CUCUCUGCAUCUUAUGUCAUCUGAUUGUUUAUUUGCGGUCAUGGCCUAGUUAUUUGCUCAUGCCAAGAUCAUGUGAGACCAUUUGCUUUUGAUGUGUCCAAUCUAUAAAUAGUGUAUUUUUCUAACCCUUGCAAUGCUUUUAACAUCCAAUUUGCUCAUAAAUAAAUAUGCAGACUAGAUUUAUUAAUUUUUUUUUCUGAUACAUUUAUGUUAUAGGGCCUCAAAAGAGCAGUUAUGUACAUCAUGUACGUAUGUUUCUGAUACAUUUAUGUUAUAGGGAUUCAAAAGAGCAGUUAUGUACAAAUAUAUAAUGUCCUAGUCAUGCUCUGAAAGUCUUGACUUUCACAUCUUUGGUGAUGAGGCACUUCCUCUAUACAAAGUUACAGGAAACAGAGAGAGCUGAGAGCCUGCUAUUCUGCGUCAAUAGUAUCAUCACACUCAGUCUUAGACCAACUAGCCACAAGCAAGAAAAGCACCUUGCAACUUUCAACGAAGCCUAUACUUUUUUGUAUAGCCAUCAUCAUAGAUUCUAAAACAAAAACUCAACAGCAAGAAACAUCUGCAAUUGUAGAACAGUCAAUUUACACUGUAUUGGGGAAACAACCAAUCCAAUCAAAAUGAGUUUUGAAAGUGUACCAUCCAAGUCAGAGGUGAUGGGCUGGAACUCCGGAAACUUGGCUGAUUAUCUCAAAAAAGUGAAUGAAACUGUUGGGGUGUGACAGAGUGGUGAGGAAAAGCAAUUUGAGUGGUGCACGAUUCUUGAACAUGACUGACAAGGACCUUAAGAAGUUCCCUGCAGCACAUAUACCAUUUAUCACAAAGAUCUGCAGAGAUAUUAAUCAGAAUAACAAACAAAAGAAGAGUCUGUUUCAAAGAUCAGAUCAUCGGAUGCCUCCAAACAAAGAACCUAAUCCAGGAGGUUGGGAUUCUGAUGAAUUUGACCAAGAAGGAAGUGACAACGACUAUGAGGAGCCAGAUAAUAGUAAUGAGUUUGAAGACAAUUACAUAUGCGCGGCAUCAGGUGAUAUUGAGGAUGAUGAGAAUGCUGAUGAUGACUAUGAACCACCUCCAACUGAAACACCUUCUGAAAUACCAUCUCAAUUUCGUGUUGCUAAGCCUCUUGGUGAUGGUGAUUAUUUAGACAGCGGCCCACGUGGUUCUGCAAGACCACAUCAGAACAACAAGUCAGCAUCUCAUCCCAGAGGACUUUUGAAUACAUCUAAGCCUCCAUCACGACCGGAUCCUUCUCCACACAGGCCUUUCAUUCCCCCCGCUCAAUGCAAACCUGGUGCGCCAAUGGUAGAUCGGACUAAGAAACCUGGCUCUUCUACUCCAUCAAAAAAAGGUAUUGGCAAAUCAGCAACUUUACCCACAACAAGAUUUAAUAUUCAACAGAGGGAUGAGCUUCCUCCUCCACCUGUAGAAGUGAUGGGGCAUGACAUGGAUCCACGGUGGUAUGUCGGGCAAAUGUCACGAGCAGAGGCCGAAGUCUCACUCAGACAAAUGAAUAGAGAUGGCACUUUCUUGGUGAGAGACAGUUCAAAGGGCUGCACAGAGCAGCCAUACACACUCAUGGUACUGCACCAGCAAAAAGUGUACAACAUCCAGAUCCGUUUCCUUGGAAACAGUGAUGGAUAUUCCCUGGGCACGGGCCUAAAUGGUGUUGAGAAUUUCUCCAGUGUCAUGGACAUGGUCAUGCACCAUAUGAAUACCCCACUGAUUCUGAUAGACGGAAUGGAGCGUGGAGGCGGACUUCAUCGGCAGUGCUGCCUCAUGCAUCCGGCAGGUUUCUGACCCACAAAGUAGAAGAGCAAUCUAUAUAGCUAAUGCUGACUGGAUUCCAGUGUCAAACAGACUUUGAUGGAAUUCAGACACUGGAUUCAGUCUGUGAAAUGGCGCAAUUGCAGUGUUGGCAAUCAACACAAGGAUAUCUAAGAACUGAAAAAUGAAGUGCAUGACUAAAUGAAUAAAUCAUAUUCAGUUUAAUUCUAUCAGACAUGACUGUCUACACUUUUAAAAUUGAAGAUGAAUUUUUUAACACUUUCAAUGUUAAAAUCAAGAGGCGUUUUUUUU